AAGUGGGGGCCCGAGUUGGAGUUGGACUCGGACUCUAGUGGUUGCGGGCCGUGAAAGUAAGAAGCAAGCAACCCUUGUUUCCCCCUGAAGCGGGGAGCACCAUCAAAACUCCACACCUCAGCUGGAAUAUAUUAUAUGGUUCUUUUAUUUGUUUAGACUUUGAACAAAAUCAAAUACAGAAAGAGAAACAGAAAAGAGAAUAUGGGUAAUCCGAAGCAGAAGUGGACUUCGGAGGAAGAAGAAGCUCUAAGAGCAGGAGUCGCAAAGCAUGGGACUGGAAAGUGGAAGGAUAUUCAGAGAGACCCCGAGUUCAAUCCCUAUCUUGUCAAUCGUUCCAAUAUUGAUCUCAAGGACAAAUGGCGGAAUAUGAGUUGUAGUGCCAAUGGCCAAGGUCCCAGGGAAAAGUCGAGAACCGUGAAAGCUAAAGCUAACUCAGAUGCCCCUGCUAGUCAGGUGUCUACUCCACAGACCGCCGUCCCUGCUCCAGCUGCCCGUGAUUCCGCAGCAGUUCCAAGCACGGAUGAUUCUUCCAAAGCUUUGCCAGAUGGAAAAAACUCUUCAAUGUACAAUACAAUGAUUUUUGAAGCCCUUUCUACCUUGAAAGAACCCAAUGGAUCAGACACUAGUGCAAUUGUAAGCUAUAUUGAGCAAAGACACGAGGUUCCCCAAAACUUUAGGAGGCUAUUAAGUACAAGGCUGAGAAGGCUGGUCUCACAAGACAAACUCGAAAAGGUUCAAAAUUGCUACAAGGUGAAAAGCAAUGUGGAUGCCUCAUUUGGAACAAAGACGCCUGCACUAAAAGCAGAAAAUCAACCCCGCCCAUUGCAGACUACUGUUUACAGGACCACUACUGAUGUAGUAGACGAAGCAGGUAAUGCUGCCUACAAGAUAGCUGAAGCUGAAAAUAAAUCAUUUGUGGCAGCUGAAGCAGUGAAGGAGGCAGAUAGGAUUUCCGAGAUGGCCGAAGACACAGAAUCACUUCUGCAGUUAGCAAAAGAGAUAUUUGAGAAAUUGUUUCUAACUUUACAGGUUCGCAGGGUGAAUGCGUGUACACAGCAUAGCAUAAGAGCUGAAAGCCAUGCUCUACUCAUUUUUGAAAAUGAACCCUUGUAUUAAGAACUUGUAAAUUUUGCUUGUUUUUCACUUUUCCUUGAGGUGCAACUAAAUUGAAUUUUUUUCUUCUUUUAGUAGUCUAGUUAUAACCUAUACUAGGAGUAUUUUGUGCAUUAUCGUCAGCUUGGGCCACUGGUUGGAGAUUAUUCAACCAAUGGAAAAUCAUGUACAGCAAUUAUCAAAGGCCCGAAUGCUGUAAUAUGGACACUUUCGCUAAUUACAAAUGUAGCAUACUUUUAUUAAUCAAACGAUUGAAUGGAUUUUCUUUU